UUUCCCUCAUCAACACUCUCUCUCUAACUCCAUUUCUUUCUUUCUUUUAUACAAACAAACAAACAAACAAACAAACCCCUUCAACCCUUUUCUCAAUUUCUUCAUUUCAAUUCCUUUCUAUUAUGGCUUCUUCUUCUUCUUCUUCUUCUUCACUCCUCAAAUCUCCUCUUUCCUCUCCAAUGCUGCAAAAUCUCUCUCUAAAUUCAAAUUAUGGCAGAAACAGAGUUGCUCCCACCUGUUCUCUCCAUACACCUUCUAUUAUUCAAAUUCCUAAGCAUUCCCACACUGCAUUUCCAUCUCCACUUAAGACUACGGUUCCGCCUUCCCCUCCCUCCCUGUCCUCCCCCUCCCACGACUGGAAUUUCUUGCAACGGGCUGCUGCUAUCGCGCUUGAUGCCGUUGAGAAUGCUCUGGUUUCUGCAGAGAGGAAGCAUUCCUUGCCCAAGACGGCGGACCCUGCUGUUCAAAUUGCUGGGAAUUUCGCUCCCGUGCCCGAGCAGCCGGUUCGGAAGGGCUUGCCCGUCACUGGCAAAGUUCCUGACUCUAUCCGAGGGGUUUAUGUGCGAAACGGGGCGAACCCACUUCACGAACCGGUGUCCGGUCAUCACUUGUUUGACGGCGAUGGGAUGGUUCAUGCUGUGGAAUUCUCUGACGGCGGUGCCGUUAGUUACGCUUGCCGCUUCACGGAGACUCAACGCCUGGUUCAGGAGCGAGCUUAUGGCCGCCCGGUUUUCCCUAAGGCAAUCGGCGAACUUCAUGGCCACUCUGGGAUUGCUCGGCUCAUGCUUUUCUAUGCCAGAGGAUUAUUUGGCCUUGUCGAUCAUAACCAUGGAAUCGGAGUCGCUAACGCCGGUCUGGUCUUUUUCAACGGACGGCUUCUUGCCAUGUCCGAAGACGAUUUGCCUUACCAAAUCACAGUCACUCCGGCGGGUGAUUUGAAAACCGUCGGCCGAUUUGAUUUCCAUGGCCAACUGACAUCCACAAUGAUAGCCCACCCGAAACUCGACCCUGUUUCUGGGGAGAUGUUUGCUUUAAGCUACGAUGUAAUCCAAAAGCCAUAUUUGAAAUACUUCAAAUUCUCGCCGGAGGGGGAGAAAUCACCGGACGUCGAAAUUCCCUUGCCUCAGCCAACGAUGAUGCACGAUUUCGCAAUUACAGAGAAAUUCGUCGUAAUUCCCGACCAGCAGGUGGUUUUCAAGUUGCCGGAGAUGAUCCGCGGCGGGUCUCCAGUGGUCUACGACAAAGAAAAAAUCUCCCGAUUCGGAAUUUUGGACAAAAAUGCCACAGAUGCCAACGCCAUUAAAUGGAUUGAAGCUCCUGAUUGCUUCUGUUUCCAUCUCUGGAACGCUUGGGAAGAACCGGAAACUAACGAAAUCGUCGUAAUUGGGUCGUGCAUGACGCCACCGGACUCCAUUUUCAACGAAUGCGAAGAGAAUUUGAAAUCCGUUUUGUCGGAAAUUCGUUUGAAUCUCUCCACCGGAAAAUCGACCCGUCGGCCAAUCAUCGCCGAAACAGAGCAAGUGAACUUAGAGGCCGGAAUGGUGAACCGAAAUCGGCUUGGAAGAAAAACCCAGUUCGCUUAUCUUGCUCUAGCAGAGCCAUGGCCAAAAGUUUCUGGUUUUGCGAAGGUCGAUCUCUUCACCGGAGAAAUCAGAAAGUAUCUGUAUGGCGAUCAGAGGUACGGCGGCGAGCCUCUGUUUCUACCUAGAGAAGGGGCAGAAGCAGAAGACGACGGCCACAUCUUGGCUUUUGUUCACGACGAGAAGGAAUGGAAAUCGGAGCUUCAGAUCGUUAACGCUAUGACUUUGGAGCUUGAAGCAACUGUGAAGCUUCCUUCUCGAGUUCCUUAUGGCUUCCAUGGAACUUUCAUAAGCUCCAAGGAUUUGCAGAAGCAGAUACGGUAAAAAGACGAGGUAAAUUAUAAUAACAUAAGGUAAAAAAAAUACAGAAAAAAAUAGGAGAUUUUUACCUGUGGGAUGAGUGUGUUUUUACGUCCCCGGAAUCUCCUCUGCUUUUCUCUGUUCGGUAGGAAAAGAAGUUGUGGGGGGUGUAAAGUAUAAUUACAGACUUUGUUGGGGUGAUAAUGUAAGUAGGAUUGAAAGUGAGGGGUUUUGAGAAACCAAGCUUGAAGCUUUUGGGUUUAGGGUAGGAAUGAAGCUCAGCUGGUUUCUGUUUAUUCUUUCACUCUUUUGUGAAUUAUUGAUUUUUAUAAAGUAAAUAUUAUAUACUUUAAUUUCAAUUACUAUAAA